ACAGAACGCUGGCUGGAGAUACACUGUAUGUUCUAUCAGACUCCAGUGGAACGGAUUGAUUUAGACAAUCUCACUCCCACAUUACCAUGAAGCCGUUUGUAAUAUUAAUGGUGGCUAUCAGCGCAAUCAUGGCAUUUAUAGCGGAUGCAGAAGAAAACAAAGUCUGCGAAUGUCACUGUAAAUGCGACUGCUGCAAAUGUUGCAGUGAUGUACAGAAGGUAAGUGAUGUCACUGGAAUUAAUGUAUCUCCUGCCUUCUUCACCCAUUAGAAAAGGUUUUUAUAAAAUGACUUUACAGCAGGUUUAUCACCAUUUUAAUUUAUAAUCAAACCAUGUUUAAUAUAAAAUAAUAUCAUAUAAGUAAUAUAUCAUUCCGAUAUAGCGUCCUGCCACCCCCAGUACUAAUGUAAAUAUUAGAAGUAUAUGAGUUAAACCCCCCCAUUUGAAGUAACUGGAAUAGGUUUAUAUUGACAGUUUAUAGAUUAUUGGAGGAACUUGGGAUAUUUCUCUCAUCAUUGAAAACCCUCUAAAUCAGUCAAUACAUUUUUAUUUUGGCUUAAUCUGCCGUUACAACUUAUUGUAUUAUUGCAGGUUGUUGUAUUAGUGAGGUUUAUUGUAUUAUUACAGCUUAUUGUAUUAUUAGAGCUUAUUGUAUUUUUACAGCUUAUUGUAUUACUACAGCUUAUUGUAUUAUUAGAGCUCACUGUAUUAUUACAACGUAUUGUAUUAUUAUUAUUGCGGGUUAUCGUAAUAUUACAGCUCAGUGUAUUAAUACCACUUAUUAUAUUAUAGCAGCUCAUUGCAUUAUUACAGCCAAGGCCAGCCUUAGAGGUGUGUGAGCAAUGUGGUGGCCCUGGCCGGUGGGCACAGUGUCCAAAGAUACUGCCACCCCCUAUGAAAAGUGCAAUUAAUUUGUACUUAAGCUAUUGCUAGAUAAGCAAUAUAUUCAAUAAAAAUGAUUCCCUGGUGGUCCAGUGGUACUCUCAGCACCCCCUGCUCCUAUAGACAUAGUACGUUCCCCCUCGAGAUUCCAGAGCUGACUUUGUGAGUCAAAGUGCAGUUGAGGGGAUUCCCAGCCUGCACUCUGACUCAACUUUGAAUGAGAGUUUAUUAUGGAGUGUAGCAGCAAGGCAUACAGAGGAUGCGAGGAUUCAUUGGAUGCAGUCCGUACAAUAUUUGUCAAACCACAUUCAAACUAAACUAACAGCUUGCUAAGAAUGUUCUGAGCUUUGGGCCCCAUGAGAGUGACAGUAUUCAUCUAAUAACUUAUUGUAGAUGCCAAGGGUUUUGGGUGCCGUCCAUCCAGUUUUUGUCAAACUGCUUCCAGAUAGUUUUAUAAAGACCAGGUAUCUCCUGCUACCAAUAGCAGGCCCCUGUGCAGUUUCCAAGAUAAUACAGAUCAGCUACUGUAUAACAGAUUAGCUAUGAACACACAGAAAUUAAAUACAGUGGUCAGCCCCCCAAUCCCAGCUUCAUAAAGUCAGGGAAGGCAUGGUAGAUCACUGCAUUAACAUCUCCAAGCAAAGAUUGCAGAGAGGUCGCCUAAACUGUGCUCGGGAGGAGGGGGUAACCCUCAAUAUAAUUUAGUAACAAAAAGGUGGAUCUAUGUAAUAAGACCAGAGUAACACACCCCCAGAGUCAGUACUAGAUCCCCCUAGCUCCUAUGUGAAGCAUAUACUACCAGUACACAAAGUGUGUUUCUCAGAUUAGCUAUGAACUCUGGGACUGGCUUAAUGGAAAGGACUGCAUCCAAAGACAACUUGCGCCAAAACCAGUGACCUGCUGUGAUUAUGGUUUGUACAGAAUCCUUUUAAUUGUAGAUUGUACUUUGUGUUCUUCCACUCUAGGUAUAUAAUGAUGCUGGGUUAGGAACUUCACAUCAGUCAAUUGAAACUCCUCAGAAUCAAAAAAUAACAGGAACUCAGGAUGGCACGUACGUGGAGAAUCAAAAAAUAACAGGAACUCAGGAUGGCACGUACGUGGAGAAUCAAAAAAUAACAGGAACUCAGGAUGGCACGUACGUGGAGAAUCAAAAAAUAACAGGAACUCAGGAUGUCACGACUGUGCAGAAUAAAAUAAUAACUGAAACCUCUCCUGUCACUGAAGUGGACAUUGACGUAGAAAUUGGAGAAUAACUGGAGAACCUGUUAACAUUCUACGAUUCCCAAUACUUGAUUGCUUGCUUUAUAAACCAUGAGCAUGUUAAUAGUUCAAUGGAACUCUCCAAAUCAAAUAAAAAAAUCAGUCAGCUCUUUCGUCAACCUUACAGCCAAUCAUUAAUUUACCAUUUAAAAUACAAUACUGUGUGAAGGUAAUAUGUAUGCUUAACGUAUUAGAAUAUAAUAUUCAUUAUAUGUCCUUAAAAUAAACAUGGAACAUUUCCAUCUAAUGGCCUUCCAUCCACUAGACAUUCUCAAAGGACCAUUCAACACCCAUAAAGCAUUUCUACAGUGCUCCAUGUGUGAGGUUUUAUGAAAAAAAUUAAGUUAAAAAAAAAUCUGUUAUAUAUGGUCGAUUCCCUACCCUUUACCAACUAAACCAGGCUUCCCCAAACUCCGGCCCCCCUAGAUGUUGCUGAACUACAACUCCCAUGAUUCUAUGAAUGAAAUAGAUGGACUGAGAAUCAUGGGAGUUGCAGUUCAGCGACAUCUGGAGGGCCGGAGUUUGGGGAAGCCUGAACUAAACAAUCAAACAAACAAAUUGCCGCAGCUACAAUCUCAUGGGAUAUCUUUCCCAGUUAUUAGAUGCAUAUCACGUGGAUAAAAUGUAACGUGCACAUCCCUGGUGCUGGACUUCGUACGACUCGAGUAGAAAAACGUAUCCCCAAAUGAUCCCUAAUGUCUGCACACAUUCCACUGCGCACACCCAUCUUCUUAGAAUACGUACAUUUAUUUGCAAAAAAAAAAGGAAAAAAUAUAAAACAUGGAAAUACAAGCAAAAAAUUGCGUAGAACAGUCCUCAUAUGCGCCAGUCCAAUAUCAUAUAGUAUGUAAAGGUUGAUAACAUGCUCUGUGAUCCCAGCCUGUCAUAAUAUGAGGUAAAUCCCAGUGGGAAAAAAUAUGUCAAAAGUAUAUCAGAAGCUAAGAGAAAAUAAAAAUGUGCUGUCUAUUUCAAGGGUGUCCAAAAAGGCAGCCAAUUGGUGCCGAAAUGUUGGGGGCUAGUCUUCUGUCUUAUCGGGCUUGUGGAAAUUAGGUAAUUACCUUGUAUUAUUCUAUUUGUUUUAUGUAUUUAAGCAUUGCUUGUCUGAAUAAAGGAUUUAUGUAUUUAAA